CUCAUUUUCGAAUACGAAUACCACCUAACCAAAGAUUCAUAACACUCUGGAUUAAUACAUUUUGGACAAUAAUUGUCAGCAGGCAAAGUGAAGGUUUACAAAGGAAGACCUCAAGAUCCUCCAGAAGUUACUUCCCUGUACACUUUUAUUUCUCCCACAUCCACAACCAUGGCAACCAAACACAGCAGCCCAAGUCCGCAAAUUCCAGUCAGGAUCAAAGGCCACACAAAGUGUCUGUACCAUAAGGACAAUGAGGUGGUUCUCCUCUGUCAGGACUGUGGAUUACUGAUCUGUACGACUUGUUCCAUAACGACUCACAAAACACACAUUGAUAGCUUUCAAGAAAUUUUAAAAAAUACAAAUGACAAAAAAAUUACACUACUAGACUUUAUGAAUAAAACAGAAAGCAUUGAAAUUCCCAAACUCAAAAAUGAAAUCAAAUCGGCAAGGAAAGAAAUUUCGACAUGUGAAUCUAACUACCAAAAACUCUCUAUAGAUAUUAAAAAACAGCGCGAUCAAUGUAAAUUGUAUUUAGAUAAGAUAACAGAGGAUUAUUUAGCAAUAUGUAACAAGAUGGAGAAGGGGACCACAGACCUCCUUCAGAUUCACAUCACAAAACUGGAGGACAGGUUAGACACUUUAGUUAAACUAUCAUCAGAGUGUAAACAGACCCUCCAGACAGGCACUGCUGUACAUGUGUAUGACUCGGUAUCAGAAAUCCAGGACAUGGACUUAAAUAUCCCACAGACACCUAACAUAGACAUGGCAGAAAUUACUCCAUGUAACGACAGACAAAGUCACCUGGAGCGGGCCAUGGGGAAAAUGCAGACAGCUACUGACCAUCUCCAGGCAGGAUUAGCACGUAGUGGUCACUCCAAACAAUGUCCAGUUGUGAGACCUAAACAGUCCAAAUCUACAGAGACGGGUCAAACCUCCACUGGAGCAGUCCUGUACAAACUUUGUGAUAGUCCAACUGUCAUAUCCCAGUUCCAAUGUAAAGAUGAAAUCACAUCAAUCUGUCCUACAUCUACUGGAUGCGCAUGGCUGUGUCAUUUUAAAACCAACACAGUAAAACUCAUCAACAACAAAGGUAAAUUUUUCUCCAACAAACCUAAAGUCAUACAAAAGAUACAACACUACAGUAACAUCAGACACAUCAGUCUGGACCCCACCACAGGCCGUCUGUGGUUCUGUUGUAGAGAUGAGAGGACUAUCUGUGAAGUUUCUACAUCAUCUACACCAGUCACAAGGUUUACUACAGAGGGGUACCCACGCAGUCUGUGUGUGACCAGGGAUGGUCUGGUAGUGGUGGGUACAGCGGGUACACAGGGGUACAAGGUGGUGAUGUACACAGCAGAUGGCCAGGUGUUACAGACAGCCACUGUGGAGGGGUCAGGGAUGGGGUUAGUACUGUCCAUCACACAGUGUGGUAUUACAAGUAACAUAGCUGUAGUGAGUAGUAAACUAAUCAGUGGAGACAGUAGUGAUCUCAACAAUUACAGGCGUCACAUCAUUGUGUACAACCCAACACUCCAGCCCCUGGUCCACUACCGGGGAGAGGGGAUACAGGCACGGGAGGCGAUCACACCAGAAAAGUUUGGUCCAGUAUCCGUUGUAUAUGACAGAAAGGGUAAUAUUGUUAUUACUGACUGGACAAGGAACACAAUAGAACUGAUAAGUGGAGCAGGGAAGUACAUAAUAACACUUCACACAAACAAAGGAACACAGGGACCAGUAGGUAUACAGAAGGAUGAUGUGUUGUGGUCAAACUUAAUGUUAGAUACAGGAGAGUGGGAACUCAAACUUCUCAAGUAUUACAGUGACUGAGGAGUGACUAAACCUGGAGUGAUGAUACAGACAAAUUAUACCAGAUAAAUACAAAAAAAACGUUAAUUUUAACAUUAAACUUUGACCUUUGUUAUUAUGAUCUUAUACACUUGAUCAACACUUAUAUAGACUAACAAUGAUGUUUGAGGAAUUAAUGUAAACAUGUCACAGGUUUAUUGUUUACAGGUUUUGUAAAUAGUUUCUGUUACAACUCUAGUUUUGAAGUAUUGUUCCAAAUUAAUGUCAUCAUUAAUUUUUACAAAUCAGCCAUUCUGAAACAUCAGGCCCAUUUAUUUUAGUUUGAAAUAUGUCCUUUUCAAUACUCAAGAAAAAUGUCAUUGAUUUCAAAACCUGCAAUGAAAUCUGAAAUCAGCGUCCUUGUACUAAUGACUUGUUUUCUAGGUGUAUAACCUGACUUACCUUAUAUCCUCAAGUAGACUGUUCUAAAAACCUGAUCUACCCAUAAAUAUUGGGCAUGGACCUUGUGUAAAUAUAAAAGGGCAAUGAAACAUUCAUUGUUACAAAUCAGCUAUUCCCAAACAUCAGGAUCAUUUAUUUAAGUCUGAAAUAUGUUCUUUUCAUCUUUUCAAUAUUCAAAAGCAAGGUCAUUGAUUUCAAAACUUGCAAUGAACCAGCGUCUCUGGCUUAAAUUGACCUGUUCGUUCUCUAGGUGUAUAACCUGACUUCCCUUAUAUCACACAUAAAGCGAUCUAUUAUUGAGGUUUUAAUUUCGUUGUUACAUGAAGAGAUAGAGAUUUGUAUUGGACAGAUCAAUGAAAUGCUUGCUGUGAGUGUGUAUGAGGCAGAAUCUCAGAACGUGUUGUUAAAUAGGGUCACCUAAACACUUGGAUAUGUUUGGUUUGAAAGUUAAGAAGAUGCCUCACAAAUAUCAGUAAAUAAAUUAUUAUGUAUGCCAUGCAAGUUGUGUGACAGUGAGUGACCACAAAGAUGUUU